GAAAAUACUUUUCGUCCACCGCACUCACUGGGAAUAUCUACACCAUUAAAUUACUCAGACAUUUAUUUAAACCAUCAUUUCUGAUCCCAUCCCCCACUAAUAGCUGUUAUUAGCUAAUAAAUAUCGAUACUUAUUUUCAUAAGCAAGUAUUCGGUGUACUUAGCCAUCCUAGGUCUGAGAAAAUAUUGGUUUUCUGCCUUUGAUUACUGCAAAAUUUGCUUCCUGCAAUUUGGCUGACAAGAAAAAGUAGACGACAUUCGGUUUUCAGAAUGUCGUUAUGUUCAGGGUAUUUUUCGAUGGUCUCCUCAGUUGUGCUCCUUACAUUCCUUGCCUUGUUCGAUGCUUCAGCGAGAGCACACGUUCAUCACUCCACAUUUGUUAUUGAAUCAACACCUAUUACUAGGCUAUGUCAGACGCAUAGCAGAGUCAUAGUGAAUGGAGAGUUCCCUGGUCCUACUCUGUAUGUACACAAUGGCGACAGUGUUAGAGUUAAAACGAUCAACAAAUCCAAUUACAAUGCCACCAUCCACUGGCAUGGAGUGAGACAGAUUCGCACAGCAUGGGCUGAUGGAGCAGGGUAUAUAACUCAAUGCCCGAUUCAAGCAGGAGUAAAAUAUACGUACAAAUUCAGGAUUAUUGCACAGGAAGGAACCUUGUGGUGGCAUGCCCAUGUCUCGUGGCUGCGUGCAACAGUUCACGGAGCAAUAGUUAUCUAUCCAAAGAAAGGAAGCUCUUAUCCGUUUCCUCAACCCUAUUCAGAGUUUCCCAUCGUGUUAGGAGAAUGGUGGAACAAAGAUCCUGAAGCGGUCGAAAGGCUAUUAAUUCAAACAGGAAGUGCACCUAAUAUAUCCGAUGCCUUUCUCAUCAAUGGUCAGCCAGGAGAUCUCUAUUCUUGCUCCAAAUCAGGAACAACUAAAAUCUCUGUACAACGAGGAAAAACGUACCUUCUACGUAUUGUUAAUGCUGCAGUCAAUAAUCACCUCUUUUUCAAGAUUGCAUCACACAAUUUCACAGUGGUAGCCUUAGAUGCUUGCUACACAAAACCAUACACAACAGACAUAAUGCUUAUAACCCCUGGCCAAACUGCAGAUGUUCUUCUCACCGCCAAUCAAGCAAUAGCCAAAUACUACAUUGCUGCCAAUGUAUACACUACCCAAUCUAUUGGAUUCUUUGAUAACACCACAACAACUGCCAUUCUUAGCUAUGUGGGUUCUCACUCAUCUGCCACCCCAUCUCUUCCACAAUUUCCAACAUACAAUGACACUACAACUGUCACUAAAUUUAAUAAAGGAUUACGAAGCCUAGCUUCAAAAGAGCACCCAAUAGAAGUUCCCCAGAACAUUGAUGAGAAACUCCUAAUAACAAUAGGACUUGGUUUAUUUCCCUGUAGAACUAACGUGACCACCAACUGUCAAGGCCCCAACAAUACCAGAGUAACUGCUAGUAUGAACAAUGUAUCUUUUGUCCUGCCAGAUAUAGCCAUACUUCAAGCUUAUUAUUUUGGUAUUAAUGGUGUCUUUACCACUGAUUUUCCUUCAAACCCACCAAUUGUGUUUAAUUAUACAAGUGACAAUAUACCCAGAAGUCUUUGGUCACCAAUCACUGGAACAAAAGUUAAAGUGCUAAAUUAUAAUGCUACAGUUCAAGUGGUGUUCCAAGCAACGAAUAUCUUCCAGCCUGAUGACCAUCCAAUGCAUAUUCAUGGUUAUGAUUUUUAUGUUGUGGGAGAGGGAUUUGGUAACUACAAUGCUCGAACAGAUCCUCUCACAUUCAAUUUGGUUGAUCCACCAGAACGGAAUACUGUGGGAGUUCCUGCUGGUGGGUGGACUGCUAUCAGAUUCAAAGCUGACAAUCCAGGUGUUUGGUUUGUGCACUGUCAUUUUGAUGAUCAUCUAACAUGGGGAUUGAAUAUGGUCUUCGUGGUGAAGAAUGGCCAUGGCAAUUUGGCAAGUUUGGAGAAGCCUCCUCCUAAACUCCCGAAAUGCUAGCUCCACAAACCAUGUCAUCUCAAUCAGUCAAUAGUAGUCUUUAAUUUCACCACCUUGUUAUAAGUAUUUUGCCAUGAGGCAAUAUUAUUGUAAUAACUAUUAUUUAACUAGUUAUUAAUAAUUGUAUUGGAUAACAAAUUAGAAAUUAGUAGUUUUUCUAUUGAAAAAUAUUAUUUUUUUAAAGUAAA